AUGGCAAAGAGGGUGCUCAACAUCACCAUUUUCUUAUAUUGCUUGAUCAUAACAAAUGCUCAAGUUUUUGACAUCAUAAAUUAUGGUGCAAAAGCUGGUGGUGCUGACAUUAGCAAGGCUCUUUUGAAUGCUUGGAAAGCUGCAUGUACUUCUUCAAAACCAAGUAUAGUUUUGAUUCCAAAGGGCACAUUUACAUUGAAGGAAGUAUAUCUAUUAGGUCCUUGCAAGGCACCUCAGAUUGCAAUCACUAACCAAGGCUCGGUCGUUGCCCUCCCUCAACCGACAUCAGUGAAAGCGGACAAUGAAUGGAUAAUGAUACAAUAUGUUGACCAUCUCACCAUUAAUGGCAAUGGUGUGUAUGAUGGUGUCGGAGCUAAGUCAUGGACACUAAACAGAGAACAUUGUUGGAAUACUACACAAUGCAAUCAAUUUCCAAACAAUUUUGGCCUCCAUAACCUCAAGCAUUUAACGGUUAGGGACAUAACAUCCAAAGAUGCCAAAUCAUUUCAUUUUAUUAUAAGUGAUGUUCAGAAUGCGACAUUUCAAAAUCUAAAAGUCACUGCACCUGAAAAUAGUCCAAACACAGAUGGCAUCCACAUUGGAAAGAGUAGACAAGUAACCAUCAAGGACUCAUCCUUCAAAACAGGUGAUGAUUGCGUCUCCAUUGGGGAUGACACUCAAGGAGUGAACAUUACAAGAAUUAGCUGUGGACCUGGCCACGGAAUCAGUAUCGGAAGUCUCGGAAAGUAUAAUAAUGAGAAGCCCGUCGUAGGAGUCUGGGUGACCAACAGUAAUCUCUCCAACACCAUGAAUGGUGUUAGAAUCAAAACUUGGGCGUAUUCCCAACCAAACGAAGCAUCCAAUAUGCAUUUUGAAAACAUUCGAAUGGAUAACGUUGGCAACCCAAUCAACAUUGACCAACUUUAUUGUCCAUCUGGUGGUUGCAAUAUGAAUAUGCCAUCAAGGGUUAAACUCAGCAAAAUCAGCUUCAAAGGCAUUAGAGGGACUUCAUCAACUCCGGUCGCCGUGAAUCUAGUUUGUAGUGCUACAUUCCCAUGUCAAGGUGUGGAGAUUGGGAACAUUGAUUUGAAAUUCAAAGGAGGUGAUGCACAAUUCAUUUGCUCAAAUGCAAGGCCAGCAUUUUCUGGCAAACAAAACCCUAAGAUAAAUUGCAGAUAA